AUGGCCGUCAUGAACAUCAUCAGGGCGUACCAAAUGCGCGGGCACCUACUAGCCGACCUGGACCCCCUGGGCAUCUCUUACGGACACGUCACGGACGCAGACGGGGACGCCGCGGCCAGCGGCAAGGCCCAGGGACUGAGCGCGGCCACGAUCCUUCGCCAGCACAAGGUCCCCGCCAGCACGGAGCAGGACUGGGAGCGCCACUACGCCCUGCCUGACAACGCCUUCAUUGGUGGCGGCGCCAAGACGCUGUCCCUGAGAGAAAUAGUGCGCCGACUCGAGGAGGCCUACUGCGCCACGGUGGGCGCCGAGUUCAUGCACAUCCACGACCUGGACGUGGUGCAGUGGGUGCGCGCGCGCAUGGAGACGCCCGGCGUGCGCCGCGCGCUGGCCGACGACGACAAGCGCCGGCUGCUGCAGCGGCUCAUCCGCGCCACCCACUUCGAGACGUUCCUCUCCAAGAAGUGGCCCGGAGAGAAGCGCUUCGGCCUCGAGGGCAUGGAGGUUCUGGUGCCCACCAUUAAGCAGAUCAUCGAUCGCGCCGUGGCGCUAGACUGCGGUACGUUCGUCCUGGGCAUGGCGCACCGAGGCCGCCUGAACGUCAUCGCGAACGUGUGCCGCAAGCCCCUCGUGCAGAUCUUCACGCAGUUCUCCGGGCUGGAGCAGGAGGACCCGGGCUCGGGGGACGUCAAGUACCACCUCGGCACGAGGGUCCUCGUCAAGAACUCGGUGACGGGCAAGGAGGCCAUGGUCAGCAUGGUGGCGAACCCCUCUCACCUCGAGGUGGUCGCGCCCGUGGUGCAAGGCCGCACCCGGGCCGAGCAGUUCUACCGGGGGGAUGUGGAGGGCAGGAGCGCGAUGUCCAUCCACGUGCACGGUGAUGCCGCCUUCUCCGGCGAAGGCGUCGUGUACGAGACGCUCAACCUCUCCAAUUUGCCCAAUUACACCACCAAGGGCGCCAUCCACAUUGUGUGCAACAACCAGGUGGGCUUCACGACAGACCCGCGAGCCGCGCGCUCCUCGCCGUACUGCACGGACGUGGGCAAGGUGACGAGCGCCCCCGUGUUCCACGUCAACGCCGACGACCCCGAGGCGUGCAUGUUCGUCGCGGACAUGGCGGUCGAGUACCGCUUUCGCCACGGUGCCGACGUGGUCAUCGACCUGGUCGGCUACCGGCGCAACGGGCACAAUGAGGCAGACGAGCCCGCCUUCACACAGCCGCUCAUGUACCGCAAGAUCAGGGCGCGCCGGCCCGUGCCCGAGCUGUACGCCGAGCAGCUCAUCAAGGACAAGGUCGUGGAUCAGCAGUGGGUGGACAGCUACGCCCAGGAGUACGCCAAGAUCCUCGAGGACGACUUCAACGAGGCCAAGGGGAUCACGACGAGCAGACUGACGGACUGGCUGGACGCCGUUUGGAAAGGCUUCUUCAAGGGGAAGGACCAGGGUCUCUGCCCGCCGACGGGCGUCAGCGAGUCGGUGUUGGAGAAGGUGGGAGUCGCCUUCUCCGCCAAGCCACCCGACGACUUUGUCGUGCACCCGGGCAUCGAACGCAUCCUCAAGACCCGUCAGAAGAUGGUCUCGGACCGGGAGGUGGACUGGGCACUGGGCGAGGCCCUUGCGUUCGGGUCGCUGUUACUGGAAGGCCGACACGUGCGCCUCAGCGGGCAGGACGUGGAGCGGGGCACCUUCAGCCACAGGCACCACGUGCUGCACCACCAGGAGCGCGACAUGGAGACGCACGUGGCGCUGCAGCACCUGGCCCCGGGGCAGGCCGCGUACACCGUGUGCAACAGCUCCCUCAGCGAGCUGGGCGUGCUGGGCUUCGAGCUGGGCUUCUCCCUGACCGACCCCAACGCGCUCGUGCUCUGGGAGGCGCAGUUCGGUGACUUCAACAACAUGGCUCAGUGCAUCCACGAUCAGUUCCUGAGCUCAGGCCAGUGCAAGUGGGUGCGCCAGUGCGGGCUGGUGAUGCUGCUGCCGCACGGGCUGGAGGGCAUGGGCCCCGAGCACUCGUCGGCCCGCCCGGAGCGCUUCCUGCAGCUUUGUGACGACGACCCGGAGGAGGACGAGGACGCUGUCCGAGGAAAGCGGUCGCCGGUGCAGCAGUUGGCUGACGUCAACUGGAUCGUGGCCAACACCACCACGCCGGCCAACUACUUCCACAUCCUUCGGCGGCAGAUAGCCCUGCCUUUCCGCAAGCCGCUGGUGUUGUUCACGCCCAAGUCCCUCCUCAGGCACCCUGAGGCGCGCUCUCCACUUGUCGACAUGGCGGAGGGGACGGAGUUCCAGCGCGUCAUCCCCGCUGCCGGGCCGUGCACCACGAGCCCGCGCGCGGUGCGUAAGCUGCUGCUGUGCUCGGGCAAGGUUUUCUACGACGUGCGGAACGCCGUGCGGGACGCGGACUUGGAAGGGAGCAUCGCCAUCGCACGCGUCGAGCAACUGUGCCCCUUCCCCUACGACCUGGUGGCCGCCGAGUGUGCCAGGUACCCGGAGGCGGCGCUCUUCUGGCUGCAGGAGGAGCACAAGAACCAGGGCGCCUGGAGCUACGUGCGCCCGCGGCUGGGCGCGUGCGCGGGCGUGGAGCCGUGCUACGUGGGCAGGCCCACCUCGGCCGCGCCCGCCACCGGCAACAAGGCGCAGUACCAGCGGGAGGCGGAGGCCCUCGUGCAGAGGGCCCUGCAGCUGUAGUGCGUACGCACCUUGUACCACGACCUGGACCGGCUGGACCCGGACAUGUUGAGGGAGUCGUUUAGGGCGUCGGUACUGAGCCGGGCCGGUGGUGCCGCACGGUCGCCAUGGCGUACAACUGGCGCACCCGUGCACUGCCCAGACCCGCGGCGACAGCCCCAAGGGCUUUGGAGGAAAGCGCGUCCCGGCCCGGCGAGGCGCGAAAGCACGAAGCGCCGAGGGAAGGGGGAAGUCACACCAUCCCGUCAAAAAGCCGUCAGGACGAGGGUAGGCGAGAUGGACUUGUAAAUGGAAAAUAGUGCUGUUUCCGAACGCACCUAGCACGAAACAACUAUGGAAAUGACUUAAAAUAAAAAA